AUGCGGGCGGAGGAGCCGCUGGCGCUGGCGGCCCCCCGGGCGGGCGGAGAGGCGGAGGCGGAGGCGCCGGGCGAGGAGCGGAGCGGCGGCAGCUGCUGCAGCAGCGAGCGCCUGGUGAUCAACAUCUCGGGGCUGCGCUUCGAGACGCAGCUGCGGACCCUCUCCAUCUUCCCCGACACGCUGCUGGGGGACCCCAGCCGCCGGGUGCGCUACUUCGACCCGCUCCGCAACGAGUACUUCUUCGACCGCAACCGACCCAGCUUCGACGCCAUCCUCUACUACUACCAGUCCGGGGGGCGGCUCCGCCGGCCGGUCCAUGUGCCCCUCGACAUCUUCCUGGAGGAGAUCCGCUUCUACCAGCUGGGCCAGGAGGCUAUCGAGACAUUCCGGGAGGACGAGGGCUUCAUCCCAGAGGAGGAGAAGCCCCUGCCGCAGCACCACUUCCAACGCCAGGUCUGGCUGCUCUUUGAGUACCCCGAGAGCUCCGGGCCAGCCCGGGCCAUCGCCAUCGUCUCCGUGCUGGUCAUCCUCAUUUCUAUCGUCAUCUUCUGCCUGGAGACCCUGCCCGAGUUCCGCCAGGAGCCCAAGGGACCCCAGCCUGGCUUCGGGGAGGCUGCGUCUCUCGGGGACGAGGCGCUGCUGCUGCCGCCGCUGCCACUGCCGAGCGGGACCCCCCCCACCCUGCGCCCCGCCGCCGGCUCCGGCCCAUUCUUCACAGACCCCUUCUUCCUCAUCGAGACCCUGUGCAUCAUCUGGUUCUCCUUUGAGCUCCUCGUGCGCUUCUUCGCCUGCCCCAGCAAGCCCGAAUUCUCCCGCAACAUCAUGAACAUCAUCGACAUCGUGGCCAUCAUCCCCUACUUCAUCACCCUGGGCACCGAGCUGGCCCAGCAGCAGCAGCAGAAGCAGCAGCCCGGGAGCAGCAGCAACAAUGGGGGCCAGCAGCAAGCCAUGUCCCUGGCCAUCCUCAGAGUCAUCCGCCUGGUCAGAGUCUUCAGGAUCUUCAAGCUCUCCAGGCACUCCAAGGGGCUGCAGAUCUUAGGGAAGACUCUCCAGGCCAGCAUGAGGGAGCUGGGCCUCCUCAUCUUCUUCCUCUUCAUUGGGGUGAUCCUUUUCUCCAGCGCUGUCUACUUUGCAGAGACUGAUGACCCUGACUCACUGUUCACCAGCAUCCCUGAUGCUUUCUGGUGGGCAGUGGUGUCCAUGACCACCGUGGGCUAUGGGGACAUGUAUCCCAUGACCAUUGGUGGCAAGAUUGUGGGCUCCUUGUGUGCCAUCGCUGGUGUGCUCACCAUUGCCCUCCCUGUCCCUGUCAUUGUGUCCAACUUCAACUACUUCUACCACCGAGAGACUGACCAUGAGGAGCAGUGCCAGUACACCCACGUCACCUGUGGCCAGCAACAGUCGCCCUUCUCUGAGCCCAAGAAAGGGGACAGUAAUCAGUCCCUCAGCAAAUCUGAAUUCCUGGAAGCAGAAGACCUGGAGUCCAUGAAAUAUUCCAACUUCAUUCCUCCCAAUAACCAGGGAUAUAAAGAGAAGAAAAUGCUGACAGAGGUGUGAUGGGUUUUGUUCUUCUGGGUCCAGACACAGAGCUGCAAGCUGCUGUUACAGUUGUCUUCCUACAAGCAGCUGGAUCUAUUCAGCAUUUACAUGCCAGACUGUGAAUUGUGAUACCGUAAACAGAAUGAUUGUGAUAAUGGGCUCUUCUGGCCUGAUUUGCUGUUUCUCAUUACUGUGUGCAGCCAGAAAUGUUCUUGCUUUAUUCUGUGGAGUGCUAGCUGUCAUCCCCACUCCCUUAUGCAUUUCUUUCUCUGCUUUUGAUGACUGCUUUAAUCCAACAUUUGCUCUGAAACCAAGUCUUGUAACUCCACUAGCAGAGAAGUCCUUGCCACUACUUCAGUAGAGUAAACAGUUAAAGGGGCUACAAACAUCUGGCUCGAGCCGUGCUCUCAGUCCCUGUGCCAGCGCGGUGCCCUUGGCUGUGGAAUCAGUCACGCCUGCCAUGCCAUUGCCUUUGAAUAAUGGAAACACUGCAGCCAGGAUCACAGGGAGCUCUGCAGCUCUAGGGGAAAGCCAGCAAGCAGAUGCCUGCCUUCUUUGCAACCCUUGGCAUGCUAAAAGAUCCUCCUGGUUUGUGUUUCAAAAAAAAAAAAAAGAAAAGAAAAAAGGCGCAAAAAUUUAAAAGCUCUUUGCUACUUGCGACCAUACAUCAUGUGUCAAAAACACGCUUAAAGCAGUCAACAGGCUUGGUGAAGAUUCUCUGUGUUUUGAGCUUAUCUCAGCCUUAUUUAUGCCAGUGCCCUGAUGUUAAUUGGCUUUUAUAGUACCAACUUAAUCUUCAUAGUGGUAAGUGCCUUCUGAUACAAGGCAUGUUUGAGUAAAUCCAUUUGUUAUCUGCAGAGUUCAUCUUCACACAAUAGCAUUUAAUGAGAUGUGCUUUGUGCUUCAGAUACCCAGCUCUGUAUUCAGGCACGUGAGAGCAGUUGACUCCUCUGCGUUUUUUUAAUUGAGCAUUUGUGUAGCUGAGGGAAGUUUGCAUGUUGGUGUUUUGUUGAUGUGGCAGGAAAAUCCCGACCACAGAGAGCUCUGCACCUGUGCUGUGUGAGGAUUGUGCUGGUUUAGCAAGUAACAGGCAUAAAAUGCUCCAGGGUGAGUGUGUCAACAUUUGAAACUGAGACUGGCAUGGAUACAAACUUCCCUAAGCUGUCUCCAGACCCUUUAAAUGAGGGGAUAAACAGCGAGUCCUGAAGAGAGGCCCUUGCUGUAUUGCUGGCCUAGCCAGUUCCUGGUAUUUCAUGGAUGGGAGCGACAGCAGUGUUUUUGUAAUUGGUUUUGUGAGAGCAGUUUGUGUCAGCCAUGCAAAAUAUGCAUAGCUUGGCCUGCAGUGCCGAGUUUGCCAAGGGACCAGAGAUUUCUAUCUUCAAAUACGCAUUUUUCUUCCCAGAUAAUUUCAUUAGUUUCAGUCAGAUUGGCCUUACACCUAACUUUAAAAAUGUUUCAAGCUCUGCCAGCAGGUGAGAAAGGGAAAUGUAUGCUUUCAGAUUCCACUAGCAGAGUUUCCUGCAAGGAAAAAUCCUUCUUGUUUGAAUUCUAAAUGUUUAUUCUGCAUUCACAUGUCUGCAUGUUUACGAAAGCAAAGGCAGCCAUUAAUGCCUUGCAUCACACUGUAUGAAAUGCAUAUUGGAAUGUACUACAUAUUGCAUGGCACACCUGUAAUACAUAAACCAGACAUAAUGCCAAAGUGCAAAAAUACAGAGAAUAGAUUUUGUAUAUAUAUUGUGCUUUUCAGCCAUAAGACUAAGAAUGCUAAAGGCAUAUCAUAGAAUCAUAGAACCUGGGUUGGAAGGGACCUUAAAGGUCGUUUCUUUCCAAAGAGGGACACCUUCCACUAGACCAGGUUGCUCAGAGCCCUAUUCUUUAAUAUAGUAAAAACUGGCUAUAGAACUGGUUGUGAGGUGGGAUCUGUUUGCAUUUUCAUUACUCUCCCUGUUCUCAGUUGUCUUGAGAUAUGGCUCCAUGCCUAGAGUGCUUUUAUUGUAGCCUCUCUCCAUCCUGGCCCUGCUCAUAUAGUAGAAGUUGUUUGUGCAAAUCCUAACUACUCCAUUUCUCCAGAGUGCUGUUGCCUUCUCAAAUGUUUUUAGUGUGCAGGGAUAUCCCUUGGGGUCAGCACACAACCAUUAUAUUAAAACCUCUGCUCUCUCUCUCUCUCUUGCUGAAAUUAGUAGGGAAUUGCCACUUCUCUACAGCUGGGAGACACACGUUUGAUGUGUGGAGAUUCUCAGUUCAGUUGAAGAAAGAACAGAGAUAAUUUCUCCCAGGCUAGCCUAGGAAUCGUAGAGGAAAGAAUUAAAACAAUUAUUGUCUCUCUUUCUGUAACCAUUGUUUAUAGUUAUGGUUUUCCACAGUGUGCUAUUCAUAGUGCACCAGUAGUGUGAGAUGUUUCUACUUUAAAACCAAUCAAGUAUCACCUUAACAAAUCACAUAAUAAAAACCCCCGCUACUUUCAUUAAAAAUAACCUUCUAAUCCACCUGAAAACUAAAAUCUUUCUUUCCAUCCCUAACUCAACAACAUCAGAUGUGGUGAGGAUUCAUAGCUCAGAGGGGUUUGCCUGAAUAAAGCCUAAUUUCUCUUUGCUUCAUGGGACUGAGGCAAGGGUUUGUGAAGGUCUGAGCCUUGGGGACCAUUCUGCAUCCCUUGACACCUGUAAUCAGCUGGUGGGUAAAUUGUCCUGGUGAAUAAGUGGGACUGAGGGGCAUGGUAGCAUCUCUGUUGAUUUUGUGUAAAAGUUGUCCUUAGUGUGUCUUAGUCUUGGUGGUGUUCUUAGUUGUGUUUCGGGGUCAGCUUAAUGAAAUCUUUACUGUGAGGCCAAGAGAGGGACGGUUCUUCAAAUUUUGUAUUACUAGAAACUAGCAAAAGAAGCUGCUAUUUAAGAGGGAUGUUUUGAGGCUGAUGCCCUCUCCCAGCAGAAUGCCCAUGUUUGGGGAUAUUUUAUGCCUGAGUCUAUCAGCUGAUAAAAGUUCCCCCAAAGUAAGAUAUAAAAAACUCAGGUUGAACACAAGUUCAGGAGGAGUCAUGAGACACGCUGAGCCUACGUCAGAAAAUUCCUGUGCUCGUUUCUCCCCCUGGGCCUGGCCCCUUUGGCCCUGCCAGGCAGGAGCCCUCCGUGCCCAGAACAGGUUGUUCUCCUGACUGGCAGGACAGACAGCUGGACAUGGAGACUCUAGCAAGAAAAAAAGAUCACUGGUAGCACAAUCCCAGUGUGUCUUACACAGAUCCUCUUGGAAAGAGGCGUCCUGCCCUUGGGUGGGAUCCAGCAGUGAGUUUCCAGGUGAAAUUCAGCAGUGAGUUUCUAGUGGGUAUUGGAUUCUCCCACUCACAGAUCGCACCCAAGGUGUGAAGGAAUUUUGUGGUCAGCAAGGCAGCUUUGUGCAGUUUUUGUGAGCCACAUUUGUCAGUUCUGAAAAGAAAAGGGCACAUGAAAAUGUCUAAAGCAGGAGUGAUGUUUGCUCCCUGGGUUUUCUCUAAGAAAAAUACAGACCACCAACAGAAACAUGGAAACUGUAACCUUGGGACUCAUUUAGGGCAUAUAAAUCCUUCUCAACGCACCUCCUGAAAAGCAGUGAAGUCCCAGAGUUAUCAGUAAUGCUAUAUGUUACAGAACUUGUGGAAUCUGACCUUUUUUAAGGAACCUUCAGAUUUUUUUUUUUUCACAUGACUGAAAUGACACUGUGGCACCCGUUGACUUUACCAGAGGUCUUGUGCCACCGAUCACAGAGAUGCUUUCAAAAACCUUACCUCAAAUUCUCAGCCCCUAGCACUCCCCCCGGCUGCUCAAAAUGCAAAUCUGUUUCCUUCUGAAGGUAGAGCACAUCCCUGUGAAGCCAAGUAGGCACCUUCAGGGACUUGUUUCCAUAACAACCUCCCGGACUGUUUCUCUCCGUGCUGUGAUUGUGGCUACAAGCGAAAGCACUGAAUUUUGUAUUCAGAUAUCAGCACCUUAUCUUUACAGAUGUUUUCUUUGCCUACUGGAGCUGAUCCCAUCACCUCAUAUCAUGUACAGCUGCCCUGUCCAACUUCAGGUGGGCAGUUUCCAGUUUCUUUUGAAAGCAGAGUGCAAACCUAGAGAUGCGAAGAGAUUUUAUUUGUCCGUCCUUACAGAGAGCUGGAGAGUGUGUGAAGGACAAUCUGAGCACUCAGCCAGGGAGCUGAGGGGCAACUGGUCUGAUGUAGAGUCAUCUGGGCACCUGGUGACAAGGAAUACAGGCUAAAGCAUUACAUUAAAGAUCCAGAAAUUCCUCUUGCAGCAAUCUCACUAGGAAAUAGUUUUGCAGUGGAAGAGACUAUUGCUCCUUCCAGAUCCCCUGGCUGGCUUGUGACAGUUGGUUCCCCUGAUCAUUUUCCUACAGGAUGUUUUUCACCAAAGGAGGACAGGGCAGAAAUCAUCUCCUUGGAGGUGGGGAAGGAAGGAAGGAAAGGAAGAAUUUUACUGAGGACACAAUUUUUUUUAUCCACACAAAGGUCUGGAAGCAUGAAAGGCAUGAAGACUGGUUCUGUGGUGUUUUACUGUUGGACUCCUGCUCUUAUCUCCAAGAUGAAAUUCCUGUUCUGCUCCUUAUUGGAAAACAUUGGAAUUCAGGAUUUUUGAGUAAGUUUGGGCCUUUUGAUCCAGCAUUCAUGGAUAAAAAUUCACUGCUACAGCAGCUGUGAGAGUGAAGGUGACUGAGCUUGGUCUUCUCUCCUGGGUACUCUCAUUCAGAGGUCCCUAUGGGAUAAAGAAGAGUGAGUGUAAAGAAAAUUCAGGGGAGCAAGAGACAGGGUAAAGACUGAAGUGUCUUCCACACAGUGAUGGAAAAAGCAGCAUCAACCCUAAAAGCAAAGGAACAAACAGCUCCAGCAUCUGCUGCUAUUGCAGAAAUAGGUCCUGUUUACAUCAGGGAAAGAUCUGCAGAUUACAGCAGGAGUCAACCACAGCUUUCCCAAAAAGCUCCCACCUGACUCGAGUCCAAGUGGAUUUUCCCUUGCUCCAGGGAAGUCUGUCUGGGGCUUGUUGGCUGGCACAAGGAGUUUGAAUGUCACGACAUGGCUUUACAUUUUGGGAAACUCAUAGCUGAGGCUGGAUUCUGUAUGCUGCAAGGCUGUCAUGUCAGGAUGCUGCAAAAGAGGUUGUUGCAUCUUCUUCCUGUAAAGUUGGUGGAGUUUCUCUCUAUGCAGGGAGUACAACCUUUCUGGCCAGGAAGCUGUUUUCCUUGCUCUGUGGUUUUCUUGCUGCUGCUGCUGCUUUUAAAGGGGUCAACACUCUUAGUUCCAGGAAACAGAAACUAAAUGUGAGCAGGGACUGGAGGAAGGAAGCAGAGAGAAUCCCCUACAAGAUUCCAAUACGUCUUAUUUCUGGGAAAACUAAAUAAAGCAGGAUUCAACUGCCAGUGGCUAAAUAGCAGCAAUUUAUGAGCUGUUCCUCAAAAGCCCCAGACAAGCACCGAGUCCUGUGGGAAGCUGGAGAUUGACACAGGACACCUCCAGAAGAGACUGCUCUUGAAACUUCUUUUAAGCCUUUUUUUCAAGUGGAGCAUCCAGACCUGGCAAAUGCAUACAGUCAGCCCUUAAAAGAGCAAAGAGCUCUCUCUAAGAAAACCAAAUGAGUGGCCGAAGUCUGUCCAUUUGUCUGCCUUUUUGGCCUUGGAUUACUGUGCUUUUCAAAGCUGUGCUUUCAUAACUUGGAUAAAAAAGUAGAUGUUUCAUAUAGCUCUACAAGUAGUAAUCAUCCUAUUCAUGCAAAAUAUCUGCUGCCUGAGGGAUGGGCCCAAACCAGAGGUGUUUCUCAUUUACCUACAAAGCAUUAGCAUCUGUAGUCAGUUUUUGUGAACCUAUGAGUCCACUGCCUGCUCUAAUGGAGUUAGUGUCUUAUUUUCAGUGGUCGUAGAGAGUUUCACUGAAAUAGCACUGUUUGUAGUCCAUUGUGUGACUUAGGAGAUACAAUAGCCAGACAAUUCUGCAAUUGUAAUAUAACUGUACGUGGCGUUCCCAGAAAAUGCUCUGAAGUCUUCUCCCGUUGCACCAUGGUGAUAAAAACCUCUGCUGCUUUUCAAGCUCCAUGAAUCCAUGCUGUGCCAUGCUGAAAGUGAUAGAAAACCCAAUUACCUCUGAAAAGUAAAGGGCAGAGAGGGGUGCACUGACCUGGAAUUCCCUCCCUUUGGAAGCAGCAAAGGUCAACCGUGCAGCCAAAUUUCCAUGACCACGUGUGGAUCCAGCUUGUUUGUGUUGCCAGCUCUCUGCACAGAGGAGUGGGAGGUGGGGUAGGAAGAAUUGAUUCUGGAAGGGGAAAGCCUGAGGGGAAGAGUAAAGUUAAAUGUGACAGCUGGGAUUCCAGAAGGCAGUUUGAUGGGUGCUGGGCAUCCAACUUCUCUAGAACUCUUUAUCAGUAACAUUCUCUGUAUCUCCCUGAGUGACUUUUAGCCUGUCUGGUACUUUUCAGCAUCAGUGUGUCAGGGAAAAGAGAUGGGAGGCAGCUCUCUCUGAUUUGGCAGCUCUGGGACUUCAGUACAUCUUUGUGCUGCUGGCUGAGGGUCUGGAUCUCUGAGGAGCUUCCUGACUACCUGUGGCUCCCACAGGCUUGUAUGACUGGGCUUAGAGAAACCCUGAGCUGCCAGAUGGAUUCUGCUCCUGGUGCAGCUCUUCUGAGUAGUCCUGGGUGUGGAAGUGAGCCUGCAGUCCUUGGGAGGCAAAAUGCUUUCCACAAUCCCAAGGGACCUGCUCUCUCAGUGCAGGCCAGCUGUGGGAAGCCUCCAAGUUCCUUUAUCCUGAUCUGUGUGUCAAGGCCAUGUGGCUCACCAUGAGUGAUCAGGGCUGCCAUGGACCCUUCUUGCAAGAGCAGCUGUCAUCAGAGUCAGCGUAGGUUCAUGUUAUCUUUGGAAAAGUGUGAAUAUCCUGGGGAAAUCCAUGGGCCAGAAACCUUGGGCUAUACUGUGUGCCCACCAUCAGUAGGCAUGAUAUUGACAGGCAGGCUUUCCUUUUGGUGUGAAACCUUGCUCUGAUGCAUCAUUCUAAGGAAAACAGCUGGAAUUUGCAGGCCAGGUCAUGUGGUGAGAUAAGUAAUUCCAGCUCCCUUACUGGACCUGAUUUAUACAGGCCAGGUCCAAUAUUUCUGAGAAAUUGUUGAUGGUGGGGGCUUUUUUGCUUGUUUCACUGAAAAAUUGAACCCUUUCAAAUAAAAAACAAAUGAGGUAUAGGGAAUUUUUAGCUGGACUGUGCUUCAGGAUAUUUGCUGCAUUCAGGCUUUGAGAACACAAAUUCUCUGCAGACUACCCCACACACAGUGGGAAACGAGGUUAUUGGGCUUGGAAGUGCACCAGGGAGAUGGGACUCGAGUGAGCUUUGAACAGCAGUCAUUGUCAUUAGUGGUGGUGCCAUAAUAUGUGCUUGACUCAAAUCCAGCAUUGCAAGGUGAGAACCUGGUGAAACCUUGUACCGUGAUAUUUGUUGUUGUUCCUGCCGGUGUGAUCCACUGUUGAAUAGGUUAGACAUGAAUAAAAUCAGUAUUUUUUAAA